ACAGUAGUAAAAAGGUAGUUGCAAGGGAUACUUGUGGAAUCUUCUUAGUUGAGAGAAAGUGAAAUGCAGAUUUCCUCCGGAGUUUUUGAAGUGUUGCAGAUCUUCAAUGGAGGCGUUGGACAGCAAAACUCGAAGUCUGCAGGCUUAGGCUUCUGCUGAUGAUGGAUCUUGAGCUUGGAAAGAGCUUUAAAACUCGAAAGAAACAUUCGUGGAAAUCUACGUUGAUUUUAGCGUAUCAGAGCUUGGGGAUAGUUUAUGGAGAUUUGAGCAUUUCGCCUUUGUAUGUUUUCAAGAGCACAUUUGCCGAGGACAUCACGCAUUCAGAGACUAAUGAAGAGAUUUUUGGAGUUCUUUCGUUUGUAUUUUGGACUCUUACACUCGUUCCUCUCGUCAAGUAUGUCUUCAUCGUCCUUAGAGCUGAUGACAAUGGCGAAGGCGGCACAUUUGCUCUUUACUCUUCAAUAUGCAGGCAUGCCAAUGUAUGCCUUCUUCCCAACAGACAAGUUGCAGAUGAAGAAGUUUCUACCUAUAAACUGGAAGUACCUCCAGAGAAAAACAAUGGAUCCUGGGUGAAGAUUUGGCUCGAAAAGCGCAAGAAUUUACACACAGCGCUCCUUGUAGUUGUCAUGCUUGGUACAUGCAUGGUGAUUGGGGAUGGUGUUCUUACUCCAGCUAUAUCAGAUCUCCUGUUGUUUGUUUGCAUUCAUUCUCUAGUUUUCUCAGCAGUUUCAGGGCUUGAGUUAUCCAUGUCUAAAGGCCACCAUGAAUAUGCUGUGGUUCCAAUCACUUGCUUCAUCAUCAUUUGUUUAUUCGCCCUGCAACACUUUGGCACUCAUCGGGUUGGAUUCCUGUUCGCUCCAGUUGUUUUGGUUUGGCUACUUUGCAUAAGUGCCCUUGGCAUUUACAAUAUUGUACAUUGGAACCCACAUGUGUACCAGGCACUUUCUCCAUAUUAUAUGCUCAGAUUUUUGAAAAAGACUAAGAAGGGUGGUUGGAUGUCCUUAGGUGGAAUUUUACUGUGUAUUACAGGAUCAGAGGCGAUGUUUGCAGAUCUGGGCCACUUCUCUUAUGCUGCUAUUCAGAUUGCUUUCACAACAGUAGUUUAUCCAGCACUAAUAUUGGCGUAUAUGGGUCAAGCUGCGUAUUUGUCGAGGCAUCACAGAAUAUACACAAGCUACCAGAUUGGCUUUUAUGCAUCAGUUCCAGAAAGUGUAAGGUGGGCUGUUCUUAUAGCAGCAAUAUUAGCUUCAGUGGUAGGCAGCCAAGCAAUUAUCAGUGGAACUUUCUCCAUCAUAAACCAAAGCCAGUCUCUUGGUUGCUUCCCAAGAGUAAAGGUAGUUCACACUUCUGACAAGAUUCAUGGCCAGAUCUAUAUUCCAGAAAUCAACUGGAUGCUGAUGAUCCUUUGCGUCGCAGUGGCCGUCGGCUUCAGAAAUACAAAGCAUAUGGGCAACGCAUCAGGACUAGCAGUGAUCACAGUGAUGUUAGUCACAACAUCCCUGACUUCUCUGGUAAUGAUCUUAUGCUGGCACAAACCUCCACUCCUCGCCCUCGCCUUCUUCCUCUUCUUCGGCUCCAUCGAAGCCCUCUACUUCUCCGCCUCCCUCAUCAAAUUCCUCGAGGGCGCCUGGCUCCCCAUCCUCCUAGCUCUCUUCCUCAUGGCCGUCAUGUACGUCUGGCACUACGCCACCAUAAAGAAGCACGAAUAUGACCUCCACAACAAAGUCUCCCUGGACUGGCUUCUCACCCUCGGCGACAAGCUCGGCAUCGUCCGCGUUCCCGGCAUCGGCCUCGUCUACACCGGUCUCAUCACCGGCAUACCGGCCAACUUCUCCCGCUUCGUCACCAACCUCCCUGCAUUCCACCGCAUUCUCGUCUUCGUCUGCAUCAAAUCGGUCCCGGUUCCGCAGGUUCCUCCCGCCGAGAGGUUUCUUGUCGGCCGAAUCGGACCGCCGAGCCACCGCUCGUAUCGCUGCAUUGCUCGUUACGGGUACCGAGAUGUGCAUCAGGACAUGGAUUCGUUCGAGUCGGAGCUGAUCGCGAGGUUGGCUGACUUCAUAAAGCUCGACCCGUCGUCCGACGCCGGCGAUCGCGCGUCGAGUGAGUCGGGAGGAGGGCUGACGGUGAUCGGCAACCAUCGAAACUUUGAGAGUGAGGUGAGCAUGGGGGGUGGGAGCGAAUGGGAGGUUGGAGGGUAUGGGAAGAGAGUGAGGGGGUGCAAUUGGGGGGAGGUGGAGGAGAAGGUGAGGGAGGAGCUGGAGGAACUGCGCGCUGCACAGGCGGCGGGGACGGCAUUUAUAAUGGGGCAUUCGCAUGUUAGGGCGAAAGCGGGGUCGUCGUUGUGGAGGAAGGCGGCCAUUGAUUUGGGGUACAAUUUUCUGAGGAGGAACUGUAGGGGGCCGGAGGUGGUGCUACGAGUUCCGCCGGCUUCCCUGCUUCAGGUUGGUAUGGUUUAUGUUCUGUGAGCGAUUAAGAACUGUUGUUCGGCCAUGGUCAAUUUUUAUGUGGAUGAUAAUAGAUGGAUUGUGGACUUGGAUUAAAGUUUGUAUACGUCUUUUAUGUGAUGGUUUUAAUCAAACUUUUUAGAGAGUUAUUUUAAAUGAAUCAUUCAACUCUUCAUAUUUUCUGAUCAA